AUGGAAAAGGCCGACUCCGACGAGGUCUCCCCGGCGGAUCCACCUGCGCCGACGCCGGAUCCACCACCUUCGCGGCAGAGCAUGGCGACCCGGCUGGUAUCGGGGUUGGCAGCGGGCCGCACAAGGCAAGCCGCCACGAGGCUGGCCGCCGACCGGUUAGGCCUGGCCGUCGGCCGGCAUGUGGGCAAAACAACGCCGCCUAGGGCGCCGGGGCGGCCGAAGCAAGGCACCGCGAGCACCAUGAUUGAGAGGAAUGACCGAGGCGCCGAAAGCAGAGCCUUGCCGCCGGCCGCAUUUUGCAGACUUCCGGGGCAACUGCUGGCCAGGAUUCGGAGGGGAAUGACUCGCUCGGAGGAUAGAACAAAUUUCAAUGAUUUUGUAGAAUCAGUGGUACAGAAAUAUCCUCCAGGCUAUAUGGAAGUAGCUCAUGUUCAGUACUAUGAUGAAUUUCUAAAAACCUUCCCUAAAAUAAAAUCCGACCAAGAUUUGAUGUCUAUGUUUAGUAAGCAAUGCAAGAGCAAGGUUAUCAUCAUGUUCAUUGUAUAUCGAGGCCCUUCUGAUCCAUAUGAGCCAAUCACAAAGUGGGAUUUUAAUGAUAGCCAACCCAUAAACAACAUAGAGCCUGAUGAGGAUGAUUAUCUUAGGAACCCUGCACCACAGAAUGAACAUGUAGGUGUAGAUGAAGAGGCAAUGUACUUGAAGAUUGUACCACAGAAUGCACUUUAG